AUGUUCAGAAAUUUAAAAUCGAAUUCACAAAAUGAGGCGAUAAACAUUAUUUUUGCAAAAUAUCUAUCUAUCUAUCUAUCUAUCUAUCUAUCUAUCUCAUUCUUUUCAUUUCUAUCUACUUUAGAAAUAAUCUCUAAUCGAAGAGAAGAUUCUCUCUCUUCUUUUCUCCUUUAUGUCUUAUGUGUAUGUGUUCUUUUUCCCCUCUCUUUCAUCUAUUUAUCUGAACUUAUUUAUAUCUCUCUGUCUAUCAAUUUACCUAUCUCCUUCUGUUCAUAUCUAUCUAUCUCCUUCUGUUCAUAUCUAUCUAUCUAUCUAUCUAUCUCCUGUCCAUAUCUAACUCCUUUUAAUCAUAUCUAUCUCCUGUUCAUAUCUAUCUAUCUAUCUAUCUAUCUAUCUAUCUCCGUUUAUUCAUAUCUAUCUCCGUCUUCUAUUCUAUAUGUAUUCAUAUCUAUAUAUAUCUAUUCGUAUCUUUCAUUUAUCUAUCUAUUAUCAUAUUCAUAUCUCAUCUAUCUAUUCAUAUCUAUCCACCUCCGUUUAUUCAUAUGUAUCUCCGUCUGUUCAUUUAUCUAUCUAUCUAUCUCAUAUCUAUUCACCUAUCUAUCUCAGUCUAUUCAUAUCUAUCUAUCUAUCUAUCCGUCUAUUUCAUCUAUCUAUCUAUCCACCUCCGUUUAUUCUCCUAAUCAUAUCUAUCUCUGUUCAUAUCUAUUUAUCUAUCUAUCCCAGUCUAUUCAUAUCUAUCUCUCUGUUCUAUCUAUAUGUAUAUAG